AUGUCAAGUGAAAAAGAAAGAAAAAAGUUGGCGACUAAGCUCCAAUCUUUAUAUGAUGGGAUAUAUUCGUUGAAAGAUUCUGAAGGAAGGGAGAUCUCAGAGACAUUCCAGAGAUUGCCAUUACGUACUGGUACCGAUUAUUAUAAAAUCAUUAAAGUCCCUGUAUCAUUACACGGCGUUGGAAGAUAUAUUAAAAAGCAUGUCUAUCGAACAGCACAAGAGUUUGUCACACAGUUGGUUCAAAUAACAUGGAAUGCUAGGUUAUAUAAUGUAAGGACUUCAUUUAUUUACGACCAUGCAUUAAUCUUAAACCAAUACAUCUUGGAUAAGGUUAUACCAAAGCUAGCUAAUGAUAAAUCAAUUAGCGAUCAUAACAUGAUUUAUUACCCAGACUUGGGUCCUUUGCCUGAAGAUGAUGGGUCUAUUCCUAACGCCGGCGCAACGUAUAAACCUAAUCCUCAAUAUCAAGAAGAGGAAGAUGAUGGUGAGGACGACGACGAAGAAGAAGAUGAAGAAUAUACUGAAUAUGGUUCUGGCGGUCAAUCAUCCUUGAAGAGCUCGUACACCCAGCCAAACGAUCACCAUUACCACGCGUUAUUAGCUAACAAUGCCUUGACCAAUAAACUACAGAUGGGAGACCAAUCACCAUCGCCAUUUCAAUCACCUCAAACUUCCAGACCGUUGGAAUCGGGGAUCAGAAGAGGACGUCCACCUAUAAUCGACAAGCCAUAUGAAACGCGUAUCAAAUUAAUCUUGAAACACUUUAAAAAAUUGCGCCAUCCUAAUGACCCAAACCACCCAUUGUCGAUUCAUUUCGACCGGUUACCUGACCCAAAGACCAACUCUAAUUAUUAUCAAGUUAUUAAACAUCCAAUUAGUUUGAAUGAAAUCAGAACUAAGGUUAGAACCAGAAAAUAUCAUAAUGUUGAUGAAUUUAUAGGCGAUUUAAAUUUAAUGUUUCAAAACACUAAAUUCUAUUUCUCCAAUGAUCAGUUAUCUCCAACGUUUCAAGAUUGUCUUCUUUUUGAAUCAGAAGCAAAUAACGUAAUAAAUUACGAAUUGCUGAGACCGGAGAAAGAUUUAUUGAUCGCGAGUACUCCUGGUGGUGAUGGUAUCAUUAGAAUCCCAUUGGAUUCAAUUGAUAUAAAUGGAUAUAGCUACAAAAUUGGUGAUUGGGUUCUUAUUGAUAAUCCUAGCGAUCCUAAUAAGCCAACCGUUGGUCAAAUUUUCCGUUUGUGGUCCACUGAGGAUGGAACAAAGUAUACUAAUGUUUGCUGGUAUUAUCGUCCAGAACAAACCUGUCAUAGAUAUGAUAGAUUGUUUUUUAUGAAUGAGGUUUGUAAAACUGGUCAAUACCGUGAUCAUUUGGCUUCUGAGAUAGUUGGACCAUGUUAUGUCAUUUUCUUGACUCGUUAUCAGAAGGGUGAUUUGCCUGAAGGAGUGAUCCCAGACGGCUGUCCAUGGUUUAUUUGUGAAUUUAGGUAUAACGAAAAUUCUCAUGUUUUUAACCGUAUUAGAACUUGGAAAGCAUGUUUGCCUGAUGAAAUAAGAGAUAAACCUGAACAGCCUUUAAUUCCAUUAAAUGAACCACGUAAAUUGAUCAAGUUUGAAUCUCCGAUUAAGAACUUACUACCAAACGGAGUUGAUACUACAAUGGCUAUCCCUGAUGCGACACCAGGGCCAAACCCAAACACACCACCUAUCGUGGGCCUGGUUUACUUGAGAGAACCAAUUGAAGAUGAUGAAUUAGGUCAAUAUUCCACCAGUCCUAAUGUUAUUCCAAGUCCUGAAAAUGAUGAAAACAUGUCUAAUCGUAAGGCUUAUAUCUUUACCCCGAUCCUGCAAAUGAAGAUGGCUAAUUCCUUCCCAGCAAGCUUCAGUGGAAAUAACAGCGGUAUAAGCACUCCGAUUCAAUACAAUUCAAAUAUUAUUGCUAACAAUUUGCAAGAAUCAGAUCUAGAUAAGUCUUAUACCUCAAGUGUCAAUAGAUACAGACAACUUCUUCAACAACAACAACAGCAACUCCAACAAACCCAACAUGAAAAGGCUGCACAUAGAGUUGAGUCUAGAAGAGGUUUUACCCCAACUGCUUCGACCAUUCCUCUUUCAUCCCAACAUUCAGGACCAUCUUACCAUACUUCCACUUCAACGUAUUCUAAUUUAAUAACGGGGGGCAUUCUUUCAUACUCCCUUGUUGAUGAAGGGAAUAAAUUAUCUAGAGUUAGUGAUGCGUUAAACAUUAAAAGAAGAAAAUUGGAAGCCAUGGAGGAAGUUUCUGGAAAUGAAAUUGUUUGGUAUAGAGCGCCUCCAUUAUCUGUUUCUAAUAGAAUUCUCAGUAAUGAUAUAACCGAUUUAGGUCAUUCUGCUCAGUAUAUUGCUUGGAAGUUAAAACAAGAACAUUAG